AGGAGGGAUUCGUAGAGUAACAGAGACUGUUUUAGAUGAGAUAGUACAGCGCGUUACAUUUGCGCCCGCAAAAACCAGCAACAACUGUUAAAACAGCAUUUAUUCGGACUGGUGUUUCAAUUCACAGCAAGCAAAACCGUGGGGGGAAACUAGGGAUUUGCUCCGCAAGUUUUUUUUUAAUUAUUUUUGCUUGUUUUGCUUAUUUCUAAAGAAGGAUUCUAGCGGUUGUGACUGUUGGUGCUCUGUGCAAAGAUGAUGGUCGGGGAGAUUGAAGUGAAGGAGAGACCGAGGCCGAGUCCGGACUAUCUGAUGCAAUUACUAAACGAGAAAAAGCUUAUGACCAGCCUGCCGAACCUGUGCGGUAUCUUUACACACCUUGAAAGACUGCUUGAUGAAGAGAUAAACAGAGUUCGAAAGGACAUGUACAAUGACACGGUCAGCGGAUUGGUGGAGAAGCUUCCGCUGGAGCUUCCUGAGCCACAUGGUCCAAUCAUUCACCUACAGGAGAAACUUUUUGUUCCUGUCAAAGAAUACCCAGAUUAUAACUUUGUGGGUCGGAUUCUGGGUCCUCGUGGUCUCACAGCAAAGCAGUUAGAGGCAGAAACUGGCUGUAAGAUCAUGGUGAGAGGAAAGAGCUCCAUGAGGGACAAAAAGAAGGAGGAGCAGAACAGAGGAAAGCCGAACUGGGAGCACCUGAAUGAGGACCUGCAUGUGCUGAUUACAGUAGAGGACACACAGACACGAGCCGAGAUCAAGAUGAGAAGAGCUGUAGAGGAGGUGAAGAAGCUCCUGGUACCAGCAGCAGAAGGAGAAGAUAACCUGAAGAAGAUGCAACUGAUGGAGUUGGCAAUUCUGAAUGGAACCUACAGAGACACCAACCUCAAAGCUCCGAACCUUGCCUUCUCUCUUGCAGCGGCGGCCGCAGCAGCUCAGGGCCCCAGGCUCAUUGCUGCCUCCGCCGGUCAGGUUCUUCCCCCUGCUGCACUGCGUCCACCGACCCCAGUCGGUGCACCCAUCAUGAACCUUAUUCGGCCUCCACAGAUGCCCACCAUGCUUUCCAAUGCCACCCCGACACUGGUCCCACCGGCGCCCGAUGCAGGCAUCAUCUAUGCUGCACCAUAUGAGUACCCCUACGCCCUGGCUCCCACCUCUCUCCUGGAGUACCCUAUCGACCACGGAGGUGUCCUAGGUAAGCGGGCGUGGGGGUUUGGUGCCGCAGCCUUCGGCGGGCUUCAGGAUGGUACCGCCAUUCCACUUUAUGGGGGAAGUUUGGACAUGGCAAUGCCAAGCCUUGCCCCGGACUUAAAAGGUGCAAUGGCAACUAAAGUGCGGAGACAUGACUCGCGGGUCCAUCCUUACCAAAGGAUAGUGACCACAGACAGAGCCGCCACUGGCAACUAACAAAUGACCUCUGACUCUUCACCCAAUGAUGAGCCGCCCCAAGCCUGCCCGCUGAUCAGAUUAACUGGUAAUUGCCUUUUGCUAGCCUGUUGGAAGCUGAAAGAGAGGCACCUGUGACCCUAACACACAAACCAACACAAAUCGCAACAUCAAAUGCCAACAAACCAACCAGUUGUGUGAUUUAUUUUUGUUUUAGUUUUUUAUUGUUGUUAAUUGACUCUAAUGACUGUGUUUCUUUCUUUUUUUAUCCCACUAGUUGGGUGGUAGCAAAUCUGCACUAAGUUACAAAGCAAUAAAAUUAUUUUCUUGGUUACCCUGCACCCACCCACUACAUUCUAAUUAAGCCUAAACAAUAUAAAAUUCUGAAAGUAGUUUAGGGUCCAGGGUAUAAUCGCCUUUCCUGGAAACCUGUCUUGCAAAGUAUCCAAAUUUUUAGACAUUAGUAAAGGAAAAAGAAAGAAACUCACUCACACAAACUUGUUAUAUCUGUCAUUCUUAUGUGUAGUCAUGUGAUUUGUUUUCUUCCCAUCUGUUUUCACUUUGCUGACACAUUCUGGGUGCGCCUUUCUAGCUGACACUGAAUGCAUGGCUAAAAUGAUGGACUGCUUAAAAAGCUUGGUUUGUUUUCUUUUAUACUUUUUGGUUAACUUCCUGUUUUUUUAAUAAAUCUUUAAGCUGCAGUUGAAGUUUACAUACACCUUAGCCACAAUCAUUUUAACACAGAUUUUUCAUCUCCUGACAUUGAAUAUUUUUUAACUUCGACUGUACAUGAUUUUCAGAUCAUAGAGGGGCAGAAAGUACAUAUAUAUGCGGCAGGAUGGGGUUGGUUACGAAGAGUAUUCUCAGUUAUCUAAAUCUAGGAUGUGUAAGGCUGGGGUGAUUCGGGCAUGAGCAGUAGCUACUGUACUUACAUGUUACCCAAAACCCCACCCUCAAAAUACAGUGCCUGAAGUUUUUAAAAGUAUUUUUAAUCGAGCUGUGAGGAAAAAAAAGACAAAAAAGUAUUGUGUGCAUAUUUAGCCAAAGGGUUUUUGUUUAGUAAAUAUAUACAAUUAUGUAUCUGAACGCAGAGGCUGUUAGUUUAGAUUAUGAAAGUGUGCUGUCGUGCCUGUGUAUGUUUGACGUUCAAUCAAAUCGCAUGAUAACACCAACCAACAAUGAUUCUAUCCUUUACAUUAUAAAUAACAAAAAAACACUAAGGAUUGUGGAUAAAUAAAAAAAGAUGAGGUUUUGUCAUGUACCUAUUUUUUGUACAUACCUGAUUAUUUUUAUUUUUUUUUAAUUAUUUUUUUAAAUUCCUAAACCUAAAAUUUUAAAUCUUCUGGCUGAAAUUUGAAAAGUCUACCACUGUGUUUAAGAAUUUUAAGUAUUCCUGAGAAUUAUGCAUACAUCUUUACAAGAUUUUUUUUUUUACCACAUAAAAAAAAAUUCUCAAAAUGAAUUUGCUCAUCCACAAUGUGUCCUGCAAACUUGUUAGUCCAGACCCCAUCCAAGUAGAACUUUCUUAAAAAAAAAAUAGGAUGUGAAAGCCAUGUCUGCCUGUUCAGAUUGCUUUAUACAUACAUGAUAUAUAUAAAUGCAUACAAGUUUAGAUAUGUCCUUGUGUAUUACAAUGCUGAUCCGAUCAAAAUUAGAUACCUUUACAGGGUGCUGGAGAAAAAAUAUAUUUUUGGCAAUUUAAGUUUUUUUUAUAUUUGCAGUUACAAAAUAACAAAAAAAAAAAAAACAAGAAAAAAAAGCAAGGUUGCAUUAAAAAUGCUGUGAGUGUUAAUGGCGAUGAAAUUCUAAAUGAUGGAGUGUUUGCGAUCAUAAGCAAAAAGAAAAGGAUAGCAAUGUAAAAGUGUGAAAAAAGUGCCUUAUUGAUAGUUGUUUUUUAAAGUUACAUUAUGUUAAGUAAUAUUCUGCAGCAGCUCCGACAGGGCGUUAAGAGUGCAUAGAGAGGCAAAGUGCAGGGGAGGCUUGAUCAAAUGUUACUGUCGCCCAGCUGUGCCACUGAAUCUACUCUAUGCAAAACAAAUAGCAGUCAUUUGACCAGCUAACUAUGUGCCAUGAUUUGUCUUCCCAAGAUUGAGUUACUGAGUUAAUUUCCUUCUCCCUUUUCAUUUCCCCCACCCCCCUUAUGCCAUUUGAACAAAUAUUUUUUUUUUUUACCUCUGGUUUAGAUCAGGAGUGCCAUUUAUAUUAUUACUGUGAUUCUGUUUAAACCAAACUGCCAUGAUGCAUGGACCUGAAUGGUUUCAGUUAAAUAACUGACUCAGUGUUCUUGGAAAUAUUAAAAAUGUCCAAACCCUCAUUUAUUUCAGCAUUGCAAAAUAGACAUUUUUAGACUAUGCUCUUACAGUACAGUUUUAAAGCUUAUAUGAAAAAGCUUCAGUAUUUGUCAAUGUGCCACACCUUUUUUUUUUUUAUCUGGUGAGAGCCUAGUUACAAAAAUAACAAGAUUUUGAUUUUCAGUAUUAUUGGUGUGAAAGAAAGGCUGCUCAGCUCAUUCACCUUAUACUGAAGCAGUAACAAAAGUCAAACCAAUUGCCAAACAUUUGAAUAUUGCAUUUAAAUAAAAUUCUAAUUACGAGUCUAAUCCACACUAUUUCCAGCCAUUGAAACGACUGGGAGGUUUAAUUAAAUGAUACAAAAAUGAAUAAAUACCUGAAAAAUAGAACUAGAAUGUCUUUUUUUUUUUUUUUUUUACAUUUUGACAUGUAACCCAGGAAAGGUCAAUAUUUUAUUUGCUCAUUUAUUAGUGUUAGAUGCUGUAUUUUUUUAAACUUAAGAAAUGAAAUGCAAUAUCAGACAGGAGGUUGGAGAAGAGAGUCCUGUUAUGAAGCAGUAUUAAGAAAAAUGCCAUUUGCAAUGUUACUACAUGCUGUCGGUCAUUGUUUUAAGGUCGAUUUAGUCAUCAGGUAUUUGGAGAAAUCUCUUGUAUUCUUUCCUGCCUGCCUACUACAUGUAUAAUAAUGUAAUUUACAAUCAUUGUUACAGGUUUCUAAUGUAUUUUUCUAUCUUCAUUUUAUAUGUAUAUUAAUAAUCACUUCUCUGAUCUAUUUGUUUUGUUUUUGAAUGAAACCCACUACAGUAGUUUUUUGGGGGUUAAAAUCUAACUUGUCUUACCCUUUUACAUCUCAAACCAUCUCUCUUGUUGGGAGUGUUGCCUUUCCUACAAUUAUAUUUUGUUUUCUUGCCGAUCCUUAGCUUGUUUAACUCAUUAGCAACUAUAUUAGUUUUUCCUGUUAGAAUUUUUACAUGCUUGCAUUUAGUUUUGAUGGUGUAUGCUGUUAUUUUUCUUAUUAACCCCUCUCUUGCCAUUUAUUUUAAUAAAAAUAUUCUUAAUAAGAA